GCUUUAUCUCAAACCUGACCAUUCAGCGUCAGUAUUUCCCUAAUGAUGAAGACCAGACCGGUGCAGCCAAAGCUCUUCUCCGACUGCAGGACACCUAUCAACUGGACACACAGACCAUCUCCUCUGGAGACCUGCCUGGUGUUACUACAAGCUCGCCGUUUAAAAGCACCCUGACGGUAGAGGAUUGUUUUGAGCUGGGAAAAGUAGCUUACUCUGAAGCAGACUACUACCACACAGAGUUAUGGAUGGCCCAGGCACUCAAGCAACUGGAUGAAGGAGAAGAAACCAGUGUUGACAUUGUUACCGUGCUGGACUACCUCAGCUACUCAGUCUACCAGCAGGGGGAGCUGGAGAGAGCUCUGGAACAAACCAAGAGACUGCUGAGUGUGGAUCCUGAGCACCAGCGAGCACUUGGGAACCUAAAGUAUUUUGACUACCAGCUAGCCAAACAGAAGAAGGAUGAGAAGGAGCCGAGUGCCAAGGAAGAGAGCAAGAAAGAACAGGAAAGGACGGUUGGGAAAGGGGAAUAUUUCCCUGAAAAGAGGAAAUAUGAGCAGCUAUGUAGAGGACAAGGAGUCAGAAUGGUGAAUAAUAAAAUACUGUUAAAUACUGCAUUAAUAUAAAUAUGCACUGGAAUGUCAUAUUAAGCACGAAAUGCUGAUGCAUUAGCUGAUGUGAGUCAUUUUUAAUAUAUCAGUGCAGCUCUAUAUCCACAGCCACCUAAUUUAGCCGUUUCUGCUGUUUUUUUUUACUUUGCAUUGAUGUAACUUGACUUAUUUAUAAAGUAGUGAUUUCUGUAUAUGAGGUAAUUAAUUAUUAAACACAGGACUUUGAAUUAUUUAUGCACACCCACGGUGGUAAUACGGCCAUAACACAAAGCUCUAUUUUUAUCCAGUCCACCAAAGCUCAAUGCAUACUGCCCACAAAAGUCAUAAAAACUCAAAUGCUUCAAUCAGAGAGGAUGACACACAGCUUUAGGGAGUCAGUGAAUCAGUAUUUUCAUGACAGUGCCUAGC